AACUGAAGGAUAGCAGACGCCAAUAUGGUGGUGCCCUGUCAGUUGCUCGGCAGAACCAGGUUUCCAUCGUAAUAGAUUUUAUACCUGUUUAGUUCUUGUAGCUCAAGUGUCGUUGUCACUAACACAAGUUACUACUUCUUCGAAAACCUUGCUUUCCUAUGCAUUUAAAGCCAAAAUUUCAAGAAUGUUCUUAUCAGAUAAAAAAUGGCAACGAUUUCUUCUGGGUCAGUAGAAGCUGGGACAACGCAGUCUAAUCCGGGCAGAUCAGAGCAAAUAUCAAAGGUUAUUUGUCCAAAGAUGGAUACAGUUUACAACAUAAAGUUUCCAGAGUUAACCCGAUACCACGGGAUGCCGAGACGGUAUGAAGAGACCAGACCGGUUGUGGUACAAACCUUCGCGCACAGAAAAAUACUAGGUCUUGGUCAUGAUAUCCAUGUUCGCCUGAUGGAACACCUUGAAUCUGAGAAGACUGAGGCUAUACAGAGAGCUGAGAAAGAAAUCUGGAGGCAAGCUGAUAUAAGGACAGAAAUGGCAAUAAAGGCUACAAGGGAAGAAAUGGCUGGAGAAGUGGCAAAGGCUUUGGCAGAGCAAGGCAAGAUGCAUGAACAACAUAUCAAGGAGGAAUGCUUAAAAAUUGAGAUGACAAUGCAGAAAAUGGCAAUAGAACAAGUUAAAGAAGAACGUGAAAAGGGUGAAAAACUUCUGGCAGAGACUUGUGAUAAAGAUUGAGGAAAAAUGUGCUCAAGAAAAAGCAAAGGCUGUGACUGAAGCUCAUAGAGAAGAGCAGACUUUAGCUGCAGAAACCAUAAGAAAUCUCAGACAAUAUUACAAUAAAGAAUUACAGUCUUUGAAAAUGAAGGCAGAGGAGGAAAAGAAAAACGCACUUAAUGACCUGGAGGAUGCCAUGAACAAGCAAUGUCAAAUAGCUCUUAGAAGGGCACAUGCUGAAGAGCAAAAGACAGCAAGAGAGCAUUAUGCAAUAAUGAGAGAAGAGUUUCAAGAAGCUAUUGAGUUACAAUCAAAGAAGACUGAAGCCAAAAUGGAGGAAAUUUUAGUGCUGAAAGAGGAAAUUGCCAAACUUGAACAAGAAAAGAAAAACUUGAUAGAGUACCUUGAGGUCUCACAGAAAAGUUUUCAGGAGUGUCUUCAAAGCAUGAAAAUAUUUGAUGGAGUGAAUGUGGAAUGUAUGCUACCUCCCAUAAAUUUUGAAGAAAUUCAACAGGGAUUAAUGAUUGCUAAAUAAAAACAAUUAAAUUGGUUGAAAUAGUAAAAAACAAUGUUAUAUUUAGUUAACUCUAAAUGUGAUGCCACAAGAUUAUUAUUAUUGCAAAUGAUAAUGUAAUCAAAUAAUUCAACACAGAUGUCAUUAAAAAGACAUUUCCAGUUGUCAUUUGACACAUAUUUAAGUUCCAAAAUUCCCUUAUUACACUAAAACAUGAGUAGUAAGCUGUUAAAUCAGAACUGUUAUUAAACCAAACUUGUAUUUUACAUUUGUGAUAAACUUGUAAUUUUAUUACAAAAUAUGCAUAUUCAUAUUGUGAUAAUGAUCAUAUUGACAAUCAUGUAUCUUGCACAUCAAAUAUGAGUGAAUAACGGUGCUUUUGGAUUUGUCUCUGUUCAAUGGAUUAAUAAGUGUGAACACAUUUUCCCCCUGUAAUACAUUUUGCUAUAUAUUUUAAACUAUUUUUGUAGCGUGCAUAUACCUUUUUUCUGCUGCUGCACACCUCUUGUUGCAUUCUGCUGACCUAUUCUGGUACUGUCCUAGAAAUUUUGUUGAAAAGAACUGGAGCUCACAACCACUAAAAAUAAAUACACUAUAGAGGCUGGCCCCUAAAUUCUGUGAAAAAUUAAAAAUUUGGUGGCUUAGGGAAGGAGUGGGGACUAUAGCUGCAUCUUUAUAACUUAAGGGUAUAUUCCAGAAAUUUUAAUGUCCUGUUUCAUAGAAGCUUAAAGUUAGAUGUUCAAAUAUUUUUGUAUGCACACUGCAUUUUGAUGUUCGGAUAUGUCCAUAUAAAUACAGCCAGUAAUGUCUACUUGCAAUAUUUAUGAGAUUUCUUCCUAUUUCACUUAAGUCAUAUAUCAGAUGCUAUUAAAAAAAAAAAACUUGAGCUAUUUUUAUGCAACCGUGUCUCAGAAGCUACAAUAAUGGUUGUGUGAACGCAAACACCAACCAAAUCUGUUUUAGUGAUGAUGAUAGAAGAUACCAACAUUGUUAAAUCUGUACAGAUCUAAUAGGGCUUAAAUCACUGGCAGCUGUUAAAUAGAAGGCAAUCAUUGGCCUCCAUAACAUACCUUGUUUUGAUUUUGCAUUAAAUAACCAACAGGAAAUGUGGCAUCUCUGGUCUGAUUAGUACAGUCUUCUGAUAGUCUUGUGCCUUUGGUAUAUACACUUUAAACUUUUAACCACAUUGCAAUAUUGUAAUAAAUAUUUUUGCAAACAUG